AUGGAUAAUCAAACCGCCUCUAUUAUAGCAACACCUGACAGAAGCAAAAAACUCAUGAAUUUGUCUCGCCAAGUGCUCGAAAAAGUAAAAAACGGUGGCGUCACUACAGGCAACCAAAUUGCUAAAGAAAUCCUUAAAGAUUACUCUGAUAGUUCUUAUGAAGUCGAGUUCAAGAAUAUCCAACGAAGAGUGUAUGACGCACUUAAUGUGCUCCAUGCCUUAAAUAUUAUUUCAAAAAUUCGUAAUGAAAUCAGCUAUCAAGGAUUAUCAAAUGACAAAGAAAUCGGGUCAGUUCGAGGAAGUUUGAAUGCCAAAAAAGCUAUGAUUGAAGAAAAAAGAAAAGCUUUAACUGAAAAUUUGCUGCAUUUUAUAGCUCUGCAUAAGCUUCUGAAUCGAAAUAUGGCCCAAGAGACCAAACCAAACGUUCUGCUUCCUUGUGUAGUAGUAAGAGGAAGAGAAAUGAAUAUUGAUGUCCAAGAAGACUCAAUAAGAAUUUUGUCAGAAAAUCCAGUCAUGAUAUAUAAUGAUGCACAUUUGUUGGCGAAUAUGAAGUUUCAUCAUUUUACUGCUAGCGAUUUAAGUGAUACUUUUCCAAUAGAAUUAUUAUUGGUUUGCUAUUAUAUACAGCAGCUACUGAUGAAGACUGAAGUUUAUUUUAUUUAUAAAUUAAGGGUUUAUUAUCAAAAAAAUUGAUUAAAGUGACAGAAAAUAGCAUAAAUGCUGUCACAAGCCAAGAAGAAAAUGAGGUCAGGACUGAAGAAAAAGAAGUAAAGGAAAAGGAUUAUAGAGAACUUUAUAUUGAUUUAUUGAAUAAAAAUCAGUGUAUAGUUAGGCAUGAAAGCUGUUAA